CAUCUGCCUGUGGUGACCUUGACGUGUGUACUCAUCUGUGUUUUCUCAGCCUCAGCACAGGGUAGUGGGAGGAGCAGUGGCCAGGGGAAGUCAGGGAGGAGUCCACUCCAGACACUCUAUGACAGUGACCAGGUAAGUCCUGCCCACUACCAGGUAGGAUUCACGUUGAUGACCACUGAACUUGUUUUGGUCAUGUUUUAUGAGUUAGAAUAGGUGAUUUGUGAAAAUUAAAUUAUUGGUAAGUUAUUCAGUCUUUACUGCUUACUUGCUGAAAAUUUCUUAUCAGGGUUUCCCCUAUAUUAAUUUAGCUGUCGCCACUCCAAAAAAUUAUAAAUGUUUUAUGUUAUAUAUAAAUAAGUAAUUUUCGGGAUGGUAAAACAAUUUCAGUGUAAACUUAAACGACUAAAACCAGAUAUAAAGUAUGUACAAAAGAUAAUGGAGCAAUACAUUUUUUUAUAAGAUCAUCUUUGAGAACUAACAAUCACCAAAAUAAAAAUUAAACAGUCGUGGAGAAUCAAAAAUGGCAUGGGGCUCCAGUUGAUUUUGUUAUGUUUGAGUCACUCAGAUAGCAUAAGAACAUGGCAUAAGCCAUGACAAAAUAUGUAGAAUUGCAAGAAAUUUGCUUUAAAACUGCAAUUCUUUCUCUCAGCCCCAUGACAAAAUGUGUAUAAUUGCAUGAAAUUAGCUUUAAAACAGCAAAAUGCUGUCUCUGCGGCCGAGAAGGGCCUCUACAUUUUUUGGUCGUGGAUCGCACCAUUGUCCACACCCAUUACCACGCCCCCCCCCCCCCCUAUGCUAACUGUGCCACUGCUUCUGAAAAAAGUCCUAGGGGAAACACUGCUUAUAAUGUGAAUUAAGUGGUGUUAACAACUUGAAAUAAGAGUUGUCUUGUCGGCUUUCCUCAACCAAUAUUACAUUUUUCAAGCAACUGCAGUAUGAUGAUUAACAUCUUUGGCAUAAGUCUAUCUGAAUUUUGGCAGUGUAAGCCCCUAAUAAAAUAACUUUCCAAUCCAUGUUUUUUUUUUAUUAAUCCCACAUUGCUACUACAAAUGUUCCUCAAGCUCCAAGGGUUUGGUGUCUCACAAUCUGUACUAAUUUCAAGCCUUUCAAACUGUUACUAGUGACUGUCAGUGAUUGACACAGGUGUGACCCUUGACCUUUCUGAUGUUUUUGUUUACCAUCUAGUUAGCGUUGGAAAAUUCCAGUAACUUUUCCAAAAUGCCCAGGUUUUCCAGAAAUCCUGGUUGGAUAAUUCCUGGAAUCAGGAGGGAAUAAGCAGGAAAUCCGGCAAUUCUCCAACCAGGGUAUCUGGAAAACAUUGGAAUUUUGGAAAGUUUCCGGGAUUUUGCAAGCCUAUGUCUAUUACAGCUCUUUGAAGUUACUCAUCAAACAAAAGCCCUGACUUGACGAUUCCAGACUGCAGUCAGACAUUUGUUAGCGAAAUGAAAUUAUUUUGGACAGGCACUUGAUUGAAAAAUAUAUUUUAAAGCGACAUGCAUUCGCAAAUUUAUUUUUGCCUGCCUACUAAGGUGUGGGUGGGCAUAAAACUGUCUCGUAAAAAAUUGUAAUUUGGCCAGGAUUUGUCUCUAUCUCCCGACUCUCUUUCCCACCGUUGUGUCAAGUUAGCUGGAUGUCCUUUGGGUGGUGGACCAUUGUUGAUACACACAGUAAACUGUUGAGCAUGAACCCAGCAGCGUUGCAGUUCUUGACACACUCAAACCGGUGUGCCUGGCACAUACUACCAUACCCCAUUCAAAGGCACUUAAAUCUUUUGUCUUGCCAAUUCACCCUCUGAAUGGCACACAUACACAAUCCAUGUCUCAAUUAUCUCAAGGCUUAAAAAUCCUUCUUUAACCUGUCUCCUCCCCUUCAUCUAUACAGAUUACAGUGGAUUUAACAAGUGACAUCAAUAAGGGAUAAUAGCUUUCUCCUGGAUUCACCUGGUCAGUCUAUGUCAUGGAAAAAGCAGGUGUUCUUAAUGUUUUGUACACUCAGUGUAUGUAGCCUAUAGAGUUGUAUAGGCUACUUAAGUGUCCCAUGUCAUUCAACUUCUAAACAAACGUGUACAGUCAGUGUGUCACUACGACGGAUUGAAAUUCUGGUGUCAACUGAGGCAGAAGGAUAAGUCCUGGCCCACAAACCCUCUACAAUUAUACAGUAUGACAUUACCUAGGGGCUGUUCCAAAACUAAGACUUGGAGAGAGCGUGAGAGAAAUUAGCUUGGUUAGUAGAGUUCUAUAGGAGUUAGCUGUUGCCAAUUAUAUCUCAGAGGGAGGGGAGUCCGAGGCCCAUGCCAAAGGACUGAAGAACUCCUAAGACAUUAUUUACUUUUAAUCGCUUGCGGUUUUCUUUUUGUUAUUUUGCACUUAGCUCGUCCCAAGUGGAACCCUGUGGUGGUGCGAUACUCUGAGGAAAAGUGUUUGAAUUUAUGAAGACAGCAAGCAAAACUGGAAGAACAUCAUAAUCAAUUUGUUAUUAAUUUUACUUCUCUGUAUAUGCAUACAGAAUAUUUUGUUGGGAACACUGAACGGUGUAAUUAAUUCAUACAAUACGUUUAACCUAAGCAAAGGUUUUACAAUGCAUGUAGAGUUGACCUUGCAUUCUUAAGUUACCCCUAGGUUUACAAGGAACCCAUUGAAUCUACUUGAGGUAAAUCGUAGCCGACAGGGACGACUCCAGAUAAGAGUAUGUGCCAUCAAAAUACAUUUUGCUCCACAAAUUAAGAUCAAGAUUUUUAUGGAAGAUCGUCUUUACACUAUCCGUGAUAAUGAAUGACAUUGACAAGUUACCUUGUGCCUUACUGAUGACAAAGAUAAAGUAAUAGCUUUACUUGAGGUUUUACUUUAACUUCUGCCAUGACAAAAUUGUUUGAUAGAAAGAUGUAACUACCUAGCUACAGUGGCUUGCGAAAGUAUUCACCCCCCUUGGUAUUUUUCCUAUUUUGUUGCCUUACAACCUGGAAUUAAAAUAUAUUUUUGGGGGGUUUGUAUCAUUUUGAUUUACACAACAUGCCUACCACUUUGAAGAUGCAAAAUAUGUUUUAUUGUGAACAAACAAGAAAUAAGACAAAAAAACAGAACUUGAGCGUGCAUAACUAUUCACCCCCCCCCAAAAUCAAUACUUUGUAGAGCCACCUUUUGCAGCAAUUACAGCUGCAAGUCUCUUGGGGUAUGUCUCUAUAAGCUUGGCACAUCUAGCCACUGGGAUUUUUGCCCAUUCUUCAAGGCAAAACUGCUCCAUCUCCUUCAAGUUGGAUUGGUUCCGCUGGUGUACAGCAAUCUUUAAGUCAUACCACAGAUUCUCAAUUGGAUUGAGGUCUGGGCUUUGACUAAGCCAUUCCAAGCCAUUUCAAUGUUUCCCCUUAAACCACUCAAGUGUUGCUUUAGCAGUAUGCUUAGGGUCAUUGUCCUGCUGGAAGGUGAACCUCCGUCCCGUUUCCCAGUCCCUGCCGAUGAAAAACAUCCCCACAGCAUGAUGCUGUUCUCGGGGUGAUGAGAGGUGUUGGGUUUGCGCCAGACAUAGCGUUUUCCUUGAUGGCAAAAAAGCUCAAUUUUAGUCUCAUCUGACCAGAGUACCUUCUUCCAUAUGUUUGGGGAGUCUCCCACAUGCCUUUUGGCGAAUACCAAACGUGUUUGCUUAUUCUUUUCUUUAAACAAUGGCUUUUUUUCUAGCCACUCUUCCGUAAAGCCCAGCUCUGUGGAGUGUACGGCUUAAAGUGGUCCUAUGAACAGAUACUCCAAUCUCUGCUGUGGAGCUUUGCAGCUCCUUCAGGGUUAUCUUUGGUCUCUUUGUUGCCUCUCUGAUUAAUGCCCUCCUUGCCUGGUCUGUGAGUUUUGGUGGGCGGCCCUCUCUUGGCAGGUUUGUUGUGGUGCCAUAUUCUUUCCAUUUUUUAAUAAUGGAUUUAAUGGUGCUCCGUGGGAUGUUCAAAGUUUCUGAUAUUUUUUAAUAACCCAACCGUGAUCUGUACAUCUCCACAACUUUGUCCCUGACCUGUUUGGAGAGCUCCUUGGUCUUCAUGGAGCCACUUGCUUGGUGGUGCCCCUUGCUUAGUGGUGUUGCAGACUCUGGGGCCUUUCAGAACAGGUGUAUAUAUACUAAGAUCAUGUGACAGAUCAUGUGACACUUAGAUUGCACACAGGUGGACUUAUUUAACUAAUUAUGUGACUUCUGAAGGUAAUUGGUUGCACCAGAUCUUAUUUAGGGGCUUCAUAGCAAAGGGGGUGAAUACAUAUGCACGCAUCACCUUUCCGUUAUUUAUUUUUUAGAAUUCUUUGAAGCAAGUUAUUUUUUUCAUUCUACUUCACCAAUUUGGAUUAUUUUGUGUAUGUCCAUUACAUGAAAUCCAAAUAAAAAUCAAUUUAAAUUACAGGUUGUAAUGCAACAAAAUAGGAAAAACGCCAAGGGGGAUGAAUACUUUUGCAAGGCACUGUACACAAUGAGUGAAGGCUCAGUUAGCAUCGGUGUUGCCUGCUCCAGUGUGUCCUUGAUCUUUCAGUGUCAACAGUGUCUUCUCAAAACAGGACAGAGGACCAAACAUGACACCAGACAUUGAGGCAAACUGAGAGCCUCUACAUUUGGCUGAGUAAAUGGAAGGAGUAAAUACAGGAAAGAGUAAAUACAGGUUUUGUACAGGAAGGAAGCCAAGUUGAACUGAUUGACCUGUAGUGUUAGUACAGCGGUUUGUGGAUGGGAGAGAUUGAAUGGGAUUAGGACAUCCAGCUGCAGUGUGUGCAUUUGUGUGUGUGUGUGUGUGUGUGUGUGUGUGUGUGUGUGUUACAAGAGGGAGAGAAAUAGGUCAAUAAAACUCAACUAUGAAGUUUGACAAACAAUAAGAUAUUUUAGAGAAGCUGUUAUUUAGUGUAAUUGAGGACGAACAUACUCUUGUCUUGGUUGCAGACUCCGUAAUGCACAGAUUUUCACCUUUAUUUUCUACCUCUCCUCAUACUCUCUCAAUUUUCUUCAAAGACGUCAGCUGUUCGUAUCAAUGGAUUAAUGCUAAAAUAAAUACAUCUAUGCUUUUUUUAUUGAGUGCUCCAACUCCUUUCUACCUCAAAUGAGUCAUUUUGAAAAUGUUUCUUGCUAAGCCCUUCACAUGAUUUUUGUCAUUGUUGUUGAGCACCCCUCCUUUCCUAUGAAGUGACAUUGGAAUGCGAGGAGCGUUUCAGGAGGUCCAAGCCUGACUUUUGAAGGGUGUUUUCUUUUCUUUUCUUUUCUCAUAGUCGGCUUAGACAAAGGCCCCCGUCCAGAAACAAUCCCCAGGCUCUACAAGGCAGGUAGAUGGGAAUAACCAAUAUGUUCCUCCUAGGUAGCCUGUCUGAGGGAAGGGUGGAGCUACAACCAUUUUGUUUCUCUCAGCUAGCCUAUCUGAGGGUAAGGUGGAGCUACAACCAUUUUGUUUCUCUCAGCUAGCCUAUCUGAGGGUAAGGUGGAGCUACAACCAUUUUGUUUCUCUCAGCUAGCCUAUCUGAGGGUAAGGUGGAGCUACAACCAUUUUGUUUCUCUCAGCUAGCCUAUCUGAGGGUAAGGUGGAGCUACAACCGGUCACACUUUAUUUGGAUAGUCCAUCUUUAGAUGCUCUAGAUGGUCAUACUAUCAACAAACUAUCUGUUGAUAAGCAACUGCUUGCUAAGGUUAGGGUUAGGUUUAGAAUAAGGGUUAAGUUUAGGGUUAGGAUAAGGUUGGGGUUAGUGUUAGGGUUAGUAGAUUGUUCGUUGAAAUGUUACUAAUAGUCUGUAUGAAAUGUUACUAAUGCCAAGUGUGCAAAGCUGUCAUCAAGGCAAAGGGUGGCUAUUUGAAGAAUCUCAAAUAUAAAAUAUAUUUGUUUUACACUUUUUUGGUUACUACAUGAUUCCAUAUGUGUUAUUUCAUAGUUUUGAUGUCUUCACUAUUAUUCUACAACGUAGAAAAUAGUAAAAAUAGAAAGAGAAAGAAAAACCCUUAAUAAGUAGGUGUUCUAAAACGUAUGACCGGUAGUGUACAUGAAGUGCCCUAGGGAUUAGUUCUGGAGCCAACAUCCUUUAGUUCUGGAGCCAACACCAUUUAGUUCUGGAGCCAACACCAUUUAGUUCUGGAGCCAACAUCCUUUAGUUCUGGCGCCAAACUCCUUUAGUUUUGGAGCCAAAACCCUUUAGUCCUGGAGCCAAAACCCUGCAUAGAUUGUUCAGCCCUUGUGCUCAGCCUCCUGACAUGACAUAUUUUUGGUGUUCUCCAGACCAGUUUCUUGUCUCCUAUCUGCAAUCUAAUGAGUACAAUGUUGAAACUUGUUCAUGUGUUAACAUGUUAAAAUAUGGCAAUGUGUUCAGUGACAUGGAUAUAAAAUGUAUUCCCGAGCAUUAACCACUUGCCAUCUCAUUUCCUACUCUCCUCAAGCUCAAUGAACUGUUCAACCACGCUGAGUCAUCUACCAUUAGUGUCAGUGUCUGGAAUCCUCUCCUCUUUUACAGCUGGAGCAGUCGACGGUGCAGGUGACCCACCAGGGCCGGCGGGAGCUGCUGGAGGACGCCUGCCACUUGUACACGCGCAAGCGCCGCGUGCUCAUCCCCGAGGACCUCAAGCACAUCAUCGUGGAUGACCAGCAUGGCCUGCUCUACUGCUAUGUGCCCAAGGUGGCCUGCACCAACUGGAAGCGAGUCCUCAUGGUCCUGACAGGCGCCGCUGGCCCCCACCGCGACCCCCUCGCCAUCCCCGCCAAUGAGGCCCACGUGCCGGGCAACCUGCGCACCCUCUCUGAGUACUCCACCUCUCAGAUCAACCAUCGGCUGCGCUCCUACCUGAAGUUCGUGUUUGUGCGCGAGCCCUUCGAGCGGCUCGUUUCGGCUUACCGCAACAAGUUCACGCGCAGCUACAACACAGCCUUCCACAAGCGCUACGGCACCAAGAUAAUCCGCCGGCACCGGCCUGACCCGCAGGCCGAGGCGCUGGAGCGGGGAGACGAUGUCUCCUUCGAGGAGUUUGUGUACUACCUGGUGGACCCGGGCACGCAGCGCGAGGAGCCGUUCAACGAGCACUGGGAGCGCGUGCACUCUCUGUGCCACCCCUGCCUCAUCCACUACGACGUGGUGGGCAAGUACGAAACGCUGGAGCAGGACUCCCGCUACGUGCUGCAGCUGGCAGGUGUGGAGGGCCAGGUGACUUUCCCCGCCUCGGCCAAGAACACCAGGACUACGGGAGACAUGGCCGCUCAGUUCUUCCACAACAUCAGCCCCUUCUAUCAGAAGAAGUUGUACAACCUCUACCACAUGGACUUCCUGCUAUUCAACUACUCCACACCGGAGUACCUGAAGUUU